AUGCGUGACUCAAAUUAUAAAUCGGCAGGUCAAAAUAGAGCUGCCAUCACUAUAGCCACUAGUCUUUAUGACAGAAGGGCUUUAGAUGUUACCAGUGAUAAACCAUUAGUGAAUUCAUUAAAUCAUUUAACUUAUUUAGUUUCAUCACUGGCUAAAGUAAGAGAAACUUUAUCAGUUGAUGGAGGUAUAGAAAGAUUAAUCGAAAUACUCCAUGAAUGUCAUAACUCAACAUUUAAUAUUAAAGAUACUAUAUUCAAUUCAGAGAAGAAAAUGUUAACUGCUUGGAAAUGGACUCUUUCAUUUCAAUGUAUCGUAUUAAUAGGAACAAGAGGUACUGAAACGAUAAGGAAAAGAGUUGUUAAAGCGGGAAUCUUACCAAUUAUAGCAACUAUCCUAGAUAAUUACAUUGUAUUGCAUGAGAAUAUUUUAACUCCUUCAUCAACCACUAGAAGAAUAGAUCUGUUUGGAAAUGAAUCUAUACAAUCCCAAAUUGUUCAACCUCAACCUAUGGAAAUAUUUAAUGAAGAAAAUUCCCCAAUACCUUCAUCUGCUACCACUAAUGGUACUGGUGGUACUGAAGGAAAUGAUAAUUCAAAUUUACGUCAAUCACUUAAUUUUUUGAAUCAAUUUGGUAAUGAAGAUAACUUACCAAACCUCAACCAAUUAAAUACCAGUCCGUCAUUUUCAAAUCACAUUCCAUCAAAUUUCAAUCAAAGUUUGAAUGGUAUGAAUAGUAUUGAUUAUGAAAAUUUAACUGUUGAUGAAUUAUUAAGAUUAGUUAGAAAUGAUGUUGAUAGUGAUAAUAUUAAUGAAAUCGUCAGAAAGAAGUAUUUGAUUUUAAUCAUCUUGAAAAAAUUGAAGGAAGAGAAAGAUGAUGAUUUAUUGGAUACAAGAUUUUCCAAAGAAUUUGAUUAUGAAAUGGAUAAUAACUUGCAAUUUUUAUCUGACUUGUAUUUACAAGAUGAUAAAUUAGCUUUACAUAAUAAUUUAAGUAGAGUUGCUCCAAGACAAUUCACUGAAACCGGUGUAGUAAUACCGAGAGACGAUGAUAUUGUGUGGUCAUUACAAUUAUUGGCAUAUAUUUCUAAAUAUCCUGGAUUAAAAGAAUCAUUACAAAAUUCUCAUUUCGUCAUUGAUAUGAGUGUUAGAGAUAAACAAAUCAAGUUAGGAGUAGAAAAAGAGUUGAAAUUAAAGUUGAAGAAAACUUUAGAAAUCAAACAAAGACCAACUAUAAAACCUAAAUCAAGAAAAUCCAAAUUACUUGACCAUUCAAACACUGGUGUUAUAAUGAGUAGAAAUGAUUAUAAUGAUAAUGAAGAUUCCAAAUUAGGUUUUAGUGCCUCAGCAUCUAAUUCACCACAAAUGUUGAAUGGUAUCAAUUCAUUACAAGAAGAUAAUUUUGUCUUGGAACAAGAUAAAUUAGAAUUGUGCGAUGAAACUGAUGGUCCAACUGAAGAUGGUUUAAGAGUUGAAAAUGCUGAUGUUGAAGAUGUUGAAGAUAUUGAAAAUGGUGAAUCUGAUCCUGAAUUUGAAUCUGAUUCUGAUUAUUCAGGUUCUGACGGUGAUAAUAAUUUUGGAGUCUUUCCUAGUUAUUUUCCUAACAAAUUAUCUGCUUUAUAUGAAUCUAUUUAUGAUUGUGAAGGUGUUGAAGAUGAUUUAGAACGUGGUUUGUUGGCAUAUGAUUUGAGUGAAGAACUUGGUCGCUCGAUUAUCACGGAGAGUAAGAAUUUAAGAUUGUCCAUAAUCAAGAAAAGAUUAGAACAAAAACAAUAUCUUGAAGAAAAAUGGAAUUAUGAUAAUUAUAAAAACUUCGACAUCGAUUGCCAACCAGGUUAUUUACAUUCUGAAAAAUCCGAAUGUAGUGAUCCUGAUUAUGAUGAUUCUUUAAUUGAAUAUGAAACGGUAAAUUUAUUCCCUAUGGUUGAAAGAUUCACCUGUUUGAGUGGUACUGAUAUGUACUAUUGGUCAGGAGUUAUUAUGAGAAAUUCAUGUAGGAGAAAUGAUAAUCGUGGUGGUGUAAGACAAUGUGGUAAUCUUCAAUGUGGUAGAUGGGAACUGUAUUCAAGAGAAUUUUCCAAAUGUAGAAGAUGUAAACGUACUAAAUACUGUUCAAGGGAAUGUCAAAUGAGAGCUUGGCAGUGUCAUAGAAAUUGGUGUAUCCCAAGCUCAUCAUCUUCAAAUACUAAUACUAACAAUACCAAUAACGACAAUGUUGCUAAUAAUACUAUAGGAGAAAACUUAAAUCCUGGAGCGGUUAAUAUCGUUGUUGAUGGUCUACGUCAAUUAAAUGAUGAAGCAGCCGUAAGAGAUGAAGAAACUCCUGAUGUAGAAACUCCUGGUCCUGGAGAUAAUGAUGGAACUAAUGAUAUUUAG